GAAAGUAGCCUUCCUGAUAACAUGCCAAAGCACAUAUUCUACGCAGUCUCUCCUACAGAGUCACUGAACUGAAUACCUUACACUCCUUACAGGUGUUUUAAUUCUGAAACCAGUCUCAAUCGGUUACUAGAGUCUAGGUUACAGACGGCGAGUAGCGACCCUCACAUGUGCAGGAGAAGAAAGCAGGUCUUUGUGGUGACGUGUUUGGACCGGAGUAGCAACCGUUGACCGACAUUUUGAAAGGAUUGUAUUCCUAAUUUUCUUACUGACACCUCUAUCGGCGUCGAGGAAAACGGCGAUGGCAACAUGCAGUGUAUCUGAUGACUCUACGUCCGUUUGCAGCGUGUGUCUUGAGCCAUACAAGGAACGGAAUCCCAAAAUAUUGCCAUGUUUUCACACAUUUUGCCUUGCCUGCUUAAAAGAUUUGGAGAUCCAUCACUUGCAGGCUUUAGAAGACAGAAAUGUCUGUGGGGAUGACGAGGUGCAAAUGAGAUCAUUGACCUUUCCCUGUCCAACGUGCAGAGCAGAGAUCACAGUGCCACCUGGUGGAGUCACUCAGUUUCAGUCCAAUUUCUACUUGACGGAGAAAACACUCAAAUGUGAGGUAUGCAAGCGAGACGAAGAAGCUACGCACAGCUGUACUGACUGUGGUCACAACAUGUGCACCCAGUGCCAAAAGUACCAUGAUGUAUUUACCUCAAAUCAUCAUUUACAGCAGUUAGUCAGUAGUAACAAGCAACAUUCUCAAAAUAUUCACAAUACAGACUUUGAGGAGAAACGUGCUGACCAGCUCAAGGUGCUGGAGGCGGCGCUGGUGACGAUGAGCGAGGAGGAAGAUAUGUUGCAGCGGGAGAAGCAGGCGGUGGCUGACGUCAUCACCAGGCGGGCCGACGCCAUGAGGGCGCUAGUGACGCAGGCGGAGGAGAAAAGUCAAAGGGCAAUCUCUGAAAAAGCCGAUAAUUUGGGUAAACAGAUACAAAAUAAGAUGACUACUGCUCGCCAGAAGCACGCCAUGAUUGUAACACAAGUCCUUAGUGAUGGACAGCCCACGUUACUUAGUGAUGAGGAUUUUGAAUAUUACCAGCAGCAGAGGCGAAGAGGACAACAAGUGAAGACUCUACUGCACCAGUUCAACGACUCUGCCAUUGACCUGCAGGCCGUAGAAGCCUACAUAGGUACGGUGUGUGAUGACCAACUGAGUGUAGUGGAGACUAGCUUACCUGUGGCAACUGACGUCAGCAGUGGAACCAUGACAGACAUGUCAGACUAUAAACCUGCUACGUCACAGCCGUCAGACAUAACAAAACUGACACGUGACAUUUCAGACAUUGAGGACAAGCUGGCAGCACUAGAUGCCCGCACACAAAUCUUGGAGAGUCAGAAUCAAACCAAUGUUUCCUUCUUGAAAGAUGAAGACUUCAAGUUACAACAAAAUGUUGCAGCUUGUCAGCAAAAUAUGGAUGAUUGUACAAGAAACAUUUCAAAUAUUCAAAAAGACAUAGCCAGCAUGAGCCAGGAGUUUGAAACAAUGAAAGUUUCUAACUCUACUUUACAGAAUGAUGUUGAUAUCAUUAAGAAGGAAUCUUCGAGAAAUAAAAUGAAAACCCAAAAAGUGAAAGAUGUCGCUAAAGAAUUGAGUACAGAAAUCGAGACUUUUAAAGAAAAAUCCAGCAUCAUGGUGGCAUUUAAUGCCAGACUCGAUGAAGAAAAACAUCUAAGGUAUAUAUUGCAAUCAGAUAUUCUGGUCUUAAGCGACGUUACCUGCAACGUGGGGCAGGCCUACAACAAGGACACUGGCAUUUUUGUCGCUCCUGUCACAGGAAUCUACUUCUUCAUGGCCAGAGCGACGAACACCAAGGGGUCAGAGACGUUUUAUCUUGAUAUUUUAGUAAAUAAAACUCGCGUUGCUCGGUCGUUGUCCACAGGCGGCAUGGGGGAGUCUAGGAUGAGCUGUACUGCGCACGUAGUUCAGAGACUACUUCAAGGACAGGAGGUGUCAGUAAAAGCAGGGACACAUUUGCCUUCCUCCUCUGCUUCGUUGCGAUGUUUUGAAACGUCCUUUACUGGCAUGUUAGUGCAACGAGAGUUUGGCGUCCAGUAGUCGUAGACAUUGCAUCAUCAUCAUCAUCGUCGUCGUCGUCAUCGUCUCUCAUUAUCAUAAUCAAAACAACAAAAACAGCUACGAACUUUACACUUUUCCUAACAUAAUUGGCGUUGUGUUUUUGACUGGUUACCAACAUGUGGCCUUUUUAUUUGUUCUUUUUUUCUAAUAUGAACUCUCUUUUUGAUUUUUCAACCAUAAUGCCUAAUAAUAAUUUAAAGCCCCAUAUUUACAUGUAACAUGGCAGUGAUGUUUCGUCUAUCUUCAUCUACCUUUACUUGCUAUAGUAGUUAGACGUUAUCUUUGACUUUUUACACAGCAACAGAUUGUGUAACUGAAGGCAAGUAAAUAUUGAAAUAUUGGAGUUUAUGAGGACUUACAAAUCUCCUUUCUGAUAAAAUAUCUCAAAUUUAAAUAUUGUUUUUUUUCUGAAAAUAGCACGAAAAAGAUACAGGUAUUUUCGAUGAUAAAAAUAUCAUACAUUUUUAAUUGCAAUUAUUUUUUUAAAGUAAAACAAACACUCGAAAACAUUUUUGCAUUUUUUCUAAAAAAAUAUAGCGUUUCCAAAACAUUCAUUAUUUAAAAUAAAAUAAUGAACAGAAAAGUAGUUUAACUUUCAAAAUCAAUUAUUAGUUGAUAAAAUAUUCUAAAUAAAUACAUCACAAAUAAAAGGUUAUAAAACAAAUUGCAGAUCUCUUUUGAAAAAAAAGCAACAGCAAAGAAAUAGCAAGCAGCACACACACAUACACGCACAGAAACAUACCAUCAGUUCCUUUCGAUUAUUUGCACGAAGCGCUCUCAGCUGUUGCGUAAUAAGGGAUGAGGGCAAAGGCGGUUUCGUUGUUGACAGUUGUGUAGCUUUUGUAUAAAAAGGAAAAUAUAAAAAAAUAUUACAUUCGACGACACAACCUGCAAUACAUUUUUGCUUUUAUAAAUACGAUUAUUUUCACCACCCUC